AUGACCCUAAUCAUGGUUGUGGCCAACUAUAAGUUGAAUGAUAUCCCUGUCGGCAACUAUAACUACAACAACAUUUCCAAGAUCUAUGUGCUCAAACAGUUCCAUUCAGCCCAUUUCAACCGUUACCACUCUCGGGCCUAUGCCAAAAAUGUCACCGGGGUUUACAAGAAUGAGGACUUUGUUGUUGUCGCUGCCCUGCAGAGCCCUAAGAAUUCUAUUUGGUUCCAGGGUACUGCUAAUGCCAUGGAUUAUGAGAGGUUUAUACAAGCAGACAGGGAGAUCGAAGCCGAUAUCACUAUGGCAACACUGUUCAUGGAUGAAAAGCAUGCUAUCGCAUUUGGUUUGGUGAAGAUUGAUGAAGAAGGCUGCAUGGUUGAGUUUGCUGAGAGUUUUAAGGAGAUGGAACAUUCUGGUCUGAAACCAGACAUCAUGUCAAUUGCUGGGAUCUUGUCAGCAUGUAGCCACAUGGGUCUUGUCAAAGAAAAGGAAAAGAGACUCAUUAUCAGUCUCCUAGUUAUGACUCUGUUUACCCAAGGGUUUUAUGGUAUAGAAAUAGCAAAUAACAUUGGCCUUCUAAAUGCUGGGCAGUAUCUUAAUGAAAAAUAUGUUGUUUAG